UGAAAUUGUAGUCCACAAAUAAACGGCAGACUAAAGACGUCGACGAAAAGGAGCCUACCUGUUACGUGAAUGCAGUAAGAAACCAAGGCUGCCGGUCCUAAUGUGGAGGCGGAGCAGAACUUGUGUUGAGCACGUGCCUGUGUUGCCAUGGGGACACCCCCCUUGUUCCUGCUCCUCCUGGGCCUGACCCCUAUGCUCCGCCUGACUGUUCAUACCUUCCACACGUCUGCCCCUUCCCCGGCUCCCCCUCCCUCCUGUGGGCCGGGCCAGUCCUGGGCCGUCCGGCUGCACACAGACUCCGAGCUGCUGGAGGCUGAAGGCUCCACCCUUCACGAGCUGGCCAGCAGGGUGGCUGAGCAGGCUGGCCUGGAGAACAGGGGCCAGAUAGGGCAGCUGGAGGGCCACUACCUGCUCUGUGCCGGGCCUGAGGAGGAGGGCAGGCCGGGGGACGUGCUGGCAGCCCACCCUCAUGUGCUCUGGCACUCCCAGGAGCAGUUCCUCAGCCGCUCCAAGAGAGCAAUAGCCUUCAACGACCCCAGAUACCCAUUACAGUGGCACCUGCACAACAAUGUCAGGGAGGGCAUGGACAUCAAUGUGACUGGUGUAUGGGAGCACAACAUCACAGGGACAGGGGUGACAGUGGUGGUCGUGGACGAUGGGGUUCAGCACACCCUCCAGGACAUUCAGCCAAACUAUAGUCCAGAGGGCAGUUAUGACUUGAACUCCAACGACCCGGACCCCAUGCCCCACCCGGACGCCCGCAGUGACAACCACCAUGGCACGCGCUGCGCUGGGGAGAUCGCCGCUGUCUCCAACAACAGCUUCUGCGCUGUGGGCGUGGCCUAUGGCAGUAAAGUGGCAGGUAUCAGAGUCCUGGAUGGGCCGCUCACAGACAGUAUGGAGGCGGUGGCUUUCAACAAGCACUACCAGAUCAACGACGUCUACAGCUGCAGCUGGGGUCCUGACGAUGAUGGCCGCACUGUCGAUGGACCACACCCCUUGGGCAAGGCGGCGCUGCAGCACGGAGUGAUUGCUGGCAGACGGGGCUUCGGCAGUAUCUUUGUCGUCGCCAGUGGCAAUGGGGGCCAGUACGAGGACAACUGCAACUACGAUGGCUAUGCUAACUCAAUCUACACUGUUACCAUUGGAGCAGUAAAUGAGGAAGGGAAGAUGCCCUUCUAUGCUGAGGAGUGUGCCUCCAUGCUGGCUGUCACCUUCAGCAGUGGGGGCAGAACGCUGCGUAGUAUUGUGACGUCAGACUGGUCACUGCAGCAGGGCACGGGCUGUACUGACGGGCACACGGGCACCUCGGCGGCGGCACCCCUGGCGGCUGGCAUGGUGGCUCUGAUGCUGCAGGUCCGGCCCUGUCUCACCUGGAGAGACGUGCAGCACAUCAUCACCUACACAGCCACACAGUAUGAUGUGCAAGGGGACUGGAAAAUCAAUGGAGCGGGCUUCCACCACAGUCACCAGCACGGCUUCGGCCUGCUCAACGCCUGGCGGCUGGUCAACGCUGCCAAGGUGUGGGAGAUGGUGCCAUUCCUAGUGUCCUAUCAGAGCCCAGUGCUGAAGGAGGAGGCUCUUGUCCCAGCCUAUCCGGAGCAACUCAACCUAACCUGGAACGUCACUGCAGCUGACCUCAGGCAGUCCGGGAUGCAGACCUUGGAGCACGUGUCUGUCACCUUGACGCUGGUCCAUUCUCGCCGCGGCAGCGUGGAGAUCGCUCUGCUCUGCCCCAGUGGAAUGACCUCACUCAUCGGUGCGCGCCGUGCUCUGGACACGGAUACCUCGGGUUACUCAGACUGGACGUUCUCCACUGUGCGCUGCUGGGGAGAGGGAGCCGAGGGCCAGUACAGGCUGCAAGUCUCUGACCACAGUAAGGAAGAGCCUGCGUGGCCCCUGGGCUCUCUGAAGCACUGGAAACUCACUCUGUACGGCUCCUCUCUGUCCUUCGAAGAGGUCAAGGAGAGACAGAGUGUGGUGGAGGAGGCUAUGGGGGGGCAGUAUCUGGACAGCAGUUUCUCCCUGCCCUGUCCUGCAGGCAUGGACAUCCCCCCUGAGACGGUCAGCCCGUUCACAUCCAGCAGCCUCAAGUCUCUGCUACUGCUGGGCUGCUUCGCACUCUUCUGGUCCCUGUACUACACCCUGGAGGUGACCUUGGCCAACCUGGACUUUAGAGGACUGUGUUGGUGGGACAGGGGGACGCGGGGCUCCCACAGGGGGCUGGAGAUGCUCUGAGCUGGAGAGAACUGUGUGUUGGACUAAUCACUGGAGACGCUGCCACAUAACACUGGAGAAAACCUCUACGACCUCCCACCCGCCGUUCAUCAGUCUAGGCCUGCUGUGAACCCAGGGGGGCAAACUGGACUGGACUGGAGACUGAGCUAUGUGGGCUAGAACUGUGAUCUCACUGGCCCACCCAUCUCUUCCCAAGCCUGUGGCCUUUUAUCAGCGUUGCAGAACCCCAAGCCUGUGGCCUUAUAU